CUCCUCUACAUCUCUGGGAGAACGGUACAUCAAGAUUAGCCUCACCUAUGUGUUAAGAAAAGAAAAAAAAAAUUGGUAAGGUUAUGAGCUUAGAUUUUUUUUCUGGCACAAUGGGACACGAGAUGGUUUUGAAGAAAUAAGACUCCUCUACUGCUGUGGGGUCCACCUGAAUUAUCUGAGCUCUGCUUUUUUGCUGUGGGAUGGAUUUCUCAUUGAGCUGAUUCUCAUGUCCUGUGAACUAUCUUGAAGAAAUCCUGAUAACAAAGUGUCAAGGUAACAAGAACUCCAGAUUGGCAUAUUGCGGAUCAUUUCAAUAACUUACAGUCUGGAAACCUUAAAGCUCCUGCAACUGUAUACAAUUUGACUCUCUUCUUCAGAGGCAAGGACACAAAACGCUUUGAACAAUGGCUUUGAUGGUAGUCAAGUUUGAUUUGAAAAAGCGAGUGAAGCUUGCUCAGACUGUCUGGUUCAUGUACUGGUUUGCUGUACUGGCUGGUAUUCUUGUGCUCAGCCUGGGCCUAUUCUUCAAAAUUGAGCUGCGAAAGCGCUCAGAACUUAUGGACAACAACGAGAGCCACUUCCUGCCCAACUUGCUUAUAGCUAUGGGCCUCAUAGCUUGUGCUACAAAUGCCUUUGGAGGCAAAGUCUGCUACGACUCCCUGGACCCUACAAAGUUUGCAAAGUGGAAGCCCAUGUUAAAGACCUUUUUAGUGCUCUGCGUGGUGUUCAAUGCCCUGCUUGUCAUUACCGCCCUGCUAUGCUUUGUAAUGAGGAUUCCUCUGCAGUUUACUCUGGCUGAGGGUCUGAAGAACGGCAUGAAGUACUACAAGGACACGGACACGCCAGGACGCUGCUACAUGAAGAGAACCCUGGACCUGAUGCAGAUAGAGUUUCGUUGCUGCGGGAAUGAUAACUACAGGGAUUGGUUUGAGAUUCAGUGGGUCAGCAAUCGGUACCUGGACUUCAGCGCAAAGGAAGUCAAAGAUCGCAUUGGGAGCAACGUGGAUGGCCAGUAUUUGAUGGAUGGAGUGCCGUUCAGCUGCUGCAACCCCAGCUCCCCCAGACCCUGCAUCCAGUACCAGAUGACCAACAACUCAGCUCACUACAGCUAUGACCACUACACCGAGGAGCUCAAUGUGUGGAGACGUGGCUGUCGGGACGCCUUGCUGUCCUACUACGGAGGCAUAAUGAGUACAAUCGGAGCCCUGGUGUUACUGGUCACAAUGCUGGAGGUUUCUGUGACCGUCGGCCUGCAGUACGUCGACACUUCCCUGUCUACACUGGCCAACCCGGAGGACAUGGAAAGCGAGAGUGAGGGCUUCCUCCUGGAGAAGACAGUGAAGGAGACAUUCACCGACAUCAUGGCUAAAAUGAAAGCCAUGGGCAAAGGGGCAAAGGUGGAGGAAGGGGGUGAGGAGGGUGUUGCUACUGUCAGCUGAGCAAACAGCCACCUGCAGAAACUAUAAAAACUCCAACCUGAUGAGGAGAGAAAAAGAAAACGUUUUCUACCAGACUUUAUUUUCUAGCUACACCAACUCAUGUUCAGACGUGGCCAAAUUUGUUGCCAACCCUGAUAAACAUGUGUAAUUUAAAGUCUUAAAAUAUAUUUAUUUUAAUAGCUGCAGCAUAAUUACACACUGAAGAUUCUACAAAAAAUAUGUCUCUAGUUAUAAUACACAUAGAGGCAAUUAGGAAAUAAUUGUUUUUACAACUGAUGGCAAUGUUUUUGACUCCACUGCUGGUAAUGCUUUGUACAAUCCCUUAUUUUUGCCUUUAGGAUCUUCAGUCUCUGCUUAUCCCUGUAAACUUUGUCUCUUUUAAAACAUUUUAAAGUAGACCUUUAGACACUGUAGUUUCACAUCUUAUUCCCACAACUUUACAUUGAGUAAAUGGAAAUAAUCAAAGCCCACAGCCUCACAGAUCCUCAAUCAAGCUUAACACAGAGAAUUAGGUAUUGUUCCAUAUAUUCUAUUUUUUCGUUUAAAAUUAGUUCCACUUAGAGUAUCUGCUGCAAGAAACCUCAGCCUUUGUCACAUCUGACCAAAGCACACGGUCUUAUUUAAAGUUCUAGGGGAGAUUAACAUACUCCACUUUUUUACAUGGCAGUAGGACAUCUUGGCAUUUGCUUGAAUGGCAGGUUCUCUUGUCUUUCCCAUUUGAAGAGUGUCUAAGAGAAAUGCUUCACUGGGUGGCGUAAUAUUCCCAGGAAAGCAGAAGGUUAAGUAUUACUAAUUAUACAUUUCUAAAAACUCUGAUUAGCUUUAAAAAGUAAAGUAUACAUUAGAAAGUUAUUCAGGUAUAUUUAUUUUUAAAGGAAUGGAUAGUUGUUUUUUUUUCAAAACUGUGGCUUUUGGAAAAAACAAUUAUUUUUUAAUGUGGAUUUAUUUUCCCCCACUAAAUAACUGUACUGGAAUUAUAAAAUUAUAAAAAAAACUUCUUGAAUAAUUUUUUCUGUACACCUAGAAAGUAAAAGAUAGAAAAGCCCCACUGUGUUUUUAUUCUGUCGCAAAACUCAGCAUCCAACUUUGCUUUACGGCUUAUAUCUAAAGCCAUUUAUAGUUUGUGUUUUUGGUAUUAUUUUAAGCUAGAUACACAGGGUUGUAUUUUUUUUACCUUUCUACAACAUUACAGCAAACAGCAAAAAAAGCAUCCUCACCAACUCAUAGCCAACCCCUUUCAAAUAUCAGCUCUUCUUAUACUCCAGUCUGCCUUUGGAAACCUGGAUAAACUCCCUACAUGGAGCAAAAAUCAGAACUAAUAUGUUAAUGAUGGGUGGGAAUCAGGAGGUGGGCCCCGAAGUUAAGCAUUUUAUGGUGAAUUGGCAGCUAAAAUUUGGCCUCCUGACCCCUGUCCUGUAUCUCGUUGAUUGACACAUACUGUAUGUAUGUAUGUAUGUAUGUAUGUAUGUAUGUAUAUAUAUUGUAACAACUGUGUCUUUGUAAAUAGUGUAGAAAAGAUUCUACCUUUUUUUUUUUUUUUUUAAAUACAUAUUGUAAUUAAGUUAAACAUUAAAUUCUAUAUUAAAUUUAUUUUUUUUUCCCAGGUGAUAUUCUUGGUGUAUUUAUGUAGAUAAAACAAAAAUGUGUUUAUGAAUAAAGGAUAUUAGAGAUAUGAUCUGAAA